GCUCGGUCUGGGGUAGGUAGGUAUUAUCAUGACGCGAAUCUCAGCACCCAUCCAUUCAUCACAGCUUAUUGUGCUCAGCAAUACCACUCCCACUUUACCUACCCGAACGCCAAGUUUGUGAGUGUGAAUGAGCGAUAAUACCUUACUUACCCUUCCAAGUUCCAAUUCUGUCAAGCAGUUCGUCCUCUUUUUUUGCGAGGGCACCGACGCAAGCUGUGGAAGUUGGGGUCCGCUAUGCGACUUUUGCCCUUACGACGGGAUCGACGGGAUCUUUCAACUGACUGAUAAAAAGCAAAGAACAAGAAAACACCAUUGCAUGCAACACAACACAAACAAACUCCUCCAACACAACGUUUUUGUUUUUGCCCGGAUGAGACCUUCUGCUUUAGGUUGUUCAUCUCACCCGUUCCUUCCAAUUGCCAUUACCAUUGCGUUCCGCAUGUUGCCUCGCAUUUUUCUCUUUAUUUGCAACAAUAGAGGGCGCGCAACAAAUGCAACAUGGUUGCUUACAUGGAUGGUGUCGUUUCUCUUGAAGAUGAUGGUUGAUGGUGUGUGUACCUUGAUGGCAGGAUGUGUUGCGUUGCGUUUCCUUAGGUGGGGGUAGGUUGUUUUUUUCGUCCCGUCGUAACCUCGAUGAAGGACCAAGACGGACUGGAACUUCUUUUCAGAAAAAC